AUGCCGCGGUCGCCCCCGUCAAUCAAUAGCGAGCGUGACAAACGCGAGUACCACAGCCGGCUGCUGGCCAUAUUUAAACCGAUGGUUACGACUGCUUCCUCAUUUCCAGCAUCGUCAAUACUAGUGUACGGUUUGUUGGCGCUUAUUGUUCUCGGAAGUAUCCAGCCGACUGACGACUGUGCCUUAAUUGGCUCGCUUACCUACUCUGAUUGA